AUGGCACCCUCGAGGUCGGGUAGUAAGGACAUCAUACUGGGGGAUCUGUCAAGCGGAUCCGUGAAGAGUUCCCGCGACGAGGCGUCGAUCACGCAGAAAGCUGAGGCCACCAGUGUGGAGGAGGAGAUAUCGGAAACCGUAUUCAUAACUGGAUGGUCCCUCGGUCUGAUUACCUUCGCACAAUGUCUCGCCUUAUUCGUUGCUCAGAUGGAGUCGUCCAUCGUCAGCACAUCCAUUCUUGCCAUAACAAACGAGUUGGGAGGUUUUAACAAGAGCUCCUGGGUAUUCACAGCAUUUUUGCUCACCUAUAGUGGACUUGUUAUUAUCUGGGCCAAAAUGAGCGAUAUCUUCGGACGGAAGCGUUUACUUCUGGUAGCGCUCAUUCUCUUCAUCGUAUUCUCGGGCGCAUGCGGUGCAGCUCAAACUCUGAUUCAACUAAUCAUGUUCCGCUGUAUCCAAGGUAUUGGAGGGUCUGGUAUCUUCUCCCUGGCGAUCAUCAUCUGGUUUGAAAUAGUACCACCGAGGGAUUUCCCAAAGUAUACAGCUCUGGUAACAGUCGUUUUUACAUUCUCCGUCACAUUUGGCCCCUUGAUUGGAGGUUCCUUGACGGAUCAUACGACUUGGAGAUGGAUAUUCUUAUUGAAUGUCCCUCUUGGAUUUAUAUCACUAGUUAUUUUAUUUUUCCUGCUGCCGACAACUUUACCUGCGCAAAAACACUCAGCUACCCCGCUCGUGGGGAAUAUUUGGUCCCUAAAAAACCUCCAAAGGAUUGAUUUCAUCGGCGCAACUCUGUUGCUUGGAGGCUGUGUCCUGUUGGUUACUGCCUUGCAGCAAGCGGCGGAUGGCAUCUCAUUUGCAGCAGCAGUCGUGCUGAGUUUGUUGAUAUUGUCUGGAGUGUUUUGGGUUGCAUUCGUCAUAUGGCAAUGGUUCAUAACGACUAAACGAGAACUUCCGGAACCAGUAUUCCCAUGGAGGUUUUUCAGCAGUCGGGUUUUUAUGGGAAUGAUUCUCAACACGUUUUUCGCAGGUACUAUCCUGACGGUUCUAACCAUACAGCUUCCACAACGAUUUCAAACCGUCAAUGGAAACUCUGCUCUGAUCGCCGGAGUACGGCUGAUCUCGUUCGGUCUUUUGGCUCCAGCAUCAUCUGCUAUAUCUGCAACGAUCAUUGGUAAAACAACUAUCCCUCCAAUCUGGCAUAUCCUCCUUGGAAGUUUUUUGGAGAUCGUUGGAACUGUUGGGCUAUCGAAGACACCGACGACUUACGCCAUUGCGCCUCAACAAUAUGUUUUCCAAGUUAUUACGGGCGUGGGGGUUGGCUUUUGCAAUGCGGCGUUGAUGUUAUUGGUUCCCAAUGUUGUCGAGAAACGGGAUCUAGGUGAAUAUCCUAACGCUGACGAGUCAAGGAAACAUUUUACUGACCUUGGAAUAGCGGUUGGAACGGCAGCAAUUACACAGUUCAGGGUGUUAGGAGGAAUCAUGGGCCUUGCCAUCGUGAUUAGCGUCAUGAACAGGGCGAUACAGUCGGAUCUAUUGGAUAUCCUUCCCGUUCAAACAGUUGACACGCUCCUUCAAACGACGGAAAUUAUUCACCGUUUACCGCCCAGCGUACAAGAAUCAGUACGGCUCAUUUUCGCAAGAGGUUAUAAUUUGCAAAUGACGAUUAUGAUCGGAUUUGCGGCAGCUCAGGUACCCUCUACAAUGUUGAUGUGGACCAGGAAGCCAAUUAUGGUCGAAAAGUGA